AUGGAUGGACUCUUUACUCUGCUGAGCCUGAGCAUGGUCAUGGCCAUUGCUUCUUUUUCGGCUGGGCUGUUGCCGCUUUCGUUCUCCCUCACUCCUUCACAAUUACGACUCAUUUCGACUAUCGGCAUGGGGGUUCUGGUAGGCACGUCACUCAUUGUUAUUAUUCCAGAAGGAGUCGACACGUUGUACAGCGCAAGUAAGAUAGGCAAUGUGCAUACUAGAAGAGCCUCAAGCAGUUGGUUUAUUGCGAAAGGUUCCCAAGAUAUCCGGGCUUUAUACGAGCGAGAAGCAAGCGAUACGGCUGCAACGUCGAUGCUUUACCCGGUCCUCCCUGGCCCAUCAGAAAAGCCACCGUCGAAGCCGGUUGAACCAGGGCCAUUGAGUAUUCUUCAGAAGGAUGAAGACAAAAAUACUGCCGGAGACAGUUCAGAAGGGGCCACGGCAAGUAAAGAGCACAACGAUUCUCCACAUGCCUGGAUCGGCGUUGCUCUCAUCGCAGGAUUCAUUCUGAUGUUCGUCAUCGACAAACUUCCUCAAUAUACAAGCUCAUCUAAGCCCGCGCCUCGUCCUUACCAUAUCUCUCUAAAUGAUCUUGGUCGAGGACUUCAACGAACACCGUCGCAGGAACAUGACACUGGAGUUGAUGGAUUCUUGCAAGGCGGCAGUACCCCUCAGGAACACAGCCGGAGCUUCGCGACCACCACAGGCUUAAUCAUUCAUGCAGCAGCGGACGGAAUAGCGCUUGGUGCCUCGUCCUCGUCUGCUGAUGCUGGUCUCAGCUUCAUUAUAUUCUUUGCCAUUAUGGUGCACAAAGCGCCAGCAGCAUUCGGACUGACCUCUAUUUUACUGAAGCAAGGGUUAUCGAAGCGUACAGCGCGGACCCAUCUCCUAUUUUUCAGUCUAGCCGCGCCAACGGGAGCAAUUCUAACCUGGCUAUUUGCCCGUACUGUUGGUGCAGGAAGGAUUGGUAAUGCACGAAACACGACAUGGUGGACUGGAAUGCUUCUACUGUUUUCGGCAGGCACUUUUCUGUAUGUUGCUAUGCACACUAUGCAAGAGAUUGAGAGCUCUCAUGAUAUACAACAGAAUGGACACGUCAAUGGCAUGGUCGAAAACACAGAUACACAAUCUCAGUCACCAAAAGCAUCUCUUCAGGACUUUAUGGCAGCUAUUUUUGGUAUGGUGCUACCAUUGUUUCUACAAGUCGGACAUGCACAUUGA